CAGCUGUCCUUCGUUCUUCCCUUCACCCGUUUACUACCCAAUACACCUUGCUGUACAGAUUAGUUCUAUCUGCUGAUCAAGAAUGGCUUCCAACGCGGACAAACAGACUUUACAUAACCUCGUCACGGUACUGAAGCGAUUGGAAGCAACGACAUCGCGUCUUGAGGACAUCGCCGAGUUCUCUGAGGGCAAGUUCGGAAAGAGGAGAAAUAGUAGCUCAUCUGUGAAUACUAUCACCAAUAACCCUGCUGCCUCCGCUGUGCAUGCAUCGGCGCCUCCACCACCACCACCCGUUGCAGAAACUCCCCGCAGUGUUACAGCAUUUGAUGAGAUUGUCGUAGAGGGGAAGCUUAAGCCAUUUGUCGAGUUGACGAAGGGGUUUGCUCCUUCCGUGUUGGUCGAGCAGGUGUUCCUCUUCGCAGAAGAAUUGAAUGUUUUGCGUACCGUGUUGCUUACUGCAGCGUCGUGCAAGAAACCCGAUCAGAAAGCCUUUGGAGAGCUCUUGACCCCUCUUCAAGGCGCGAUCGAAGCCGUCACCCGCGCGAAAGAAGCCGCAAGGAAGGAGCGCGACUGGUUCAACCAUCUGACUGUCGUGUCCGAGGGGGCACCGUGCGUAGGCUGGGUUACUAUCGAGCCCAAGCCUGGCCCAUAUAUCAAUGACAUGAAAGACUCUACGAUGUUCUAUGUAAAUAGAGUCUUGAAGGAGUUCAAAGAGAAAGAUGCAAGACAUGCUGACUGGGUUCGCGGUUACAUUGCCAUCCUGGAUGAGAUGAAGCGAUAUGUCAUGGAGUACCACACAACGGGUCUCACCUGGAAUGCCAAUGGUGUCAGUGUUUCCGAGUUCAAGGCCCAAUCAUCGGUUUCAAAUACUGGCGCUGGCGCCCCGCCUCCACCUCCUCCUCCACCACCACCGCCCAUUGGCAUAGCACCUGCAGCCGCUGCAGCUCCUGUGCCCAAGGCCGGUGGCGUAGAAGCUGUCUUUGCUGAGAUCAACCGCGGGGAGUCAGUGACGAAGGGUCUGCGAAAGGUUGAUAAGAAUGAGAUGACGCACAAGAAUCCAGAACUUCGUGCAUCUAGUGUGGUCCCUCCCAAAUCUCCUUCCCCAGGCAAAGCGAAACCUCCUGCCAGACCAGUCAAGCCCCAGGCUUUGAAGGCCCAGAAGCCUCCCAAAUGUGCGCUUGAAGGCAACAAGUGGAUGAUUGAAUAUCAAGAAAAUGUUCCUAGCCUUGAAAUCAGCGAUACAGAAAUCAGUCACACUGUCAACCUAUUCCAGUGCAAGAACACCACUGUGAUUGUGAAAGGCAAGGUGAAUGCGGUCACUCUUGUGAACUGUACCAAGACGUCUGUGCUCGUUGAAUCGGUGAUUUCCUCAAUCUCGAUCACGAAAUCGCCCUCGUUUGCUCUCCAGAUCACCGGUGCUGCACCCACAAUCCAGGUAGACUCGACAGACUCUGGCCAGGUUUACCUUUCGAAAGCUUGCCUCAACACCGAGAUUGUUACUGCAAAGUGCAGCAGUCUGAACAUCAGUAUACCGGUUGAAGGUGAAGAGGAAGGUAUAUUCGGGGAGCAGCCGGUGCCUGAGAUGUUGAAGACCGUGAUCAAGGACGGCAAACUUGUGACGACAGUGGUUGAACAUGCUGGAUGAGGGCUUUCAUGCACUUGCUUUACGCUGCGAUUAACCUCGACAUGUCUUAUCCUGGAUUUAACGUUUGUCAUGCUGUGAGACCAUACAUAAAUAUUGUACUGCUGAGCGUGACGCCUUGCUAUAGUCUUUUAAGUUUUGGAAAUUGGAGUUACCAC